CCCCUGGGGGCUGGCUGUGUGCCCUGGUGCUGGUUCUCCCGCUGGCGCAGGCCGCACUGCCCCCCGUCAUCAGAAUAGGCGCCAUCUUCACCGAGGACCAAAAGGACAGCGCCGCCGAGCUGGCCUUCAAGUACGCCGUGUACAGGCUCAACAAGGACAAGGUCUUCCCCAGGAGCACCCUGGUCUACGACAUCCAGCACGUGCCGCGCGACGAUUCGUUCCGGACGUCCAAAAAAGUGUGCCGGCAGAUGGAGAUGGGCGUGCAGGCCGUAUUCGGCCCCACCGACCCGCUGCUGGGCGCGCACAUCCAGAGCAUCUGCGAGGCCCUGGACGUGCCGCACCUGGAGGCGCGCCUGGACAUGGAGCCGCACACCCGGGAGUUCUCCGUCAACCUGCACCCCAGCCAGCACCUCAUCAACACCGCCUUCAAGGACCUCAUCACCUUCCUCAACUGGACGCGCGUCGCCAUCGUGUACGAGCAGGAGCACGGCCUGUUCAAGCUGCAGGAGCUGGUGAAGGCGCCGCCCAACACGCGCACCGACAUGUACAUCCGGCAGACCACGCCCGCCACCUACCGCCAGGUGCUCAAGGAGAUCCGCCAGAAGGACAUCUUCAAGCUCAUCGUGGACACCAACCCUCGCCACAUGAGCAGUUUUUUUCGAGCGGUACGUUCCACCAGUGGAAUGAACGACCACCGCUACCACUACAUGUUCACCACUUUCGACAUGGAGACCCUAGACCUGGAGGACUUCAGCUACAACAACGUCAACAUGACGGCCUUCCGGAUAGUGGACGCCGACGACCCCGGCGUCAAGGAGGCGCUGCGGCAGAUGGAGCGGUUCGCCCCGAUCGGCCACCACAUCAUCAACAGCAGCGGCAUCAUCCAGGUGGAGCCGGCCCUGAUGUACGACUCGGUGCAGGUGUUCGCCAGGGGCCUGCUCGCCAUGGAGGCCGCCUCGGUGCACGGGCCGCCGGGGGGCGCGGUGGGGGCGGGCGGCGCGGCCGGCGCGGCCCCUCCGACCACCUCGCUGCGCUCCUCCAACCUGUCCUGCGACCUGGAGCGGCCCUGGGACGACGGCCUCAGCCUCUACAACUACAUCAACACGGCCUCGACCCACGGGCUGACGGGCCGCAUCCAGUUCGAGCACGGCAAGCGCGCCCACGUCAAGCUGGACCUGCUCAAGCUGAAGCAGGCCAAGCUGAAGCGCGUGGGCCACUGGGUGUCCGGCAAGGGCGUCAACAUCACGGACCCCACGGCCUUCUACGGCCAGCAGCGCACCAACAUCACGCUGGUCGUCAUGACGCGACAGGAGAAGCCGUACGUGAUGCUGAAGGAGGACCGCAACCUGACGGGCAACGCUCGCUUCGAGGGCUUCUGCAUCGACCUGCUCAAGUGGAUCGCCGGCCAGGUGGGGUUCCACUAUGCCAUCAGGCUGGUGCCCGACCACAUGUACGGCGUGUACGACCCCGCCAGCAAGCAGUGGAACGGCAUCGUGCGCGAGCUGGUGGACAAGAGAGCGGACCUGGCCGUGGCGUCCAUGACCAUCAACUACGCGCGGGAGAGCGUCAUCGACUUCACCAAGCCCUUCAUGAACCUGGGCAUAGGGAUCCUGUUUAAGGUGCCCACCUCGCAGCCCACGCGCCUUUUCUCCUUCAUGAACCCCCUGGCCGUGGAGAUCUGGAUCUACGUCCUGGCCGCCUACCUGCUCGUCAGCUUCACGCUCUUCGUCAUGGCCAGGUUUUCCCCCUACGAGUGGAACAGCGUUCCCCACUGCGCCAUGGGUCGGACGCCCGAGGUGGUGCACAACCAGUUCUCCGUCUCCAACAGCUUCUGGUUCAUCACCGGCACCUUCCUGCGCCAGGGCUCCGGCCUCAACCCCAAGGCGACCUCUACCCGCAUCGUGGGCGGCAUCUGGUGGUUCUUCACGCUCAUCAUCAUCUCCUCGUACACGGCCAACCUGGCGGCCUUCCUCACCGUGGAGCGCAUGAUCACGCCGAUCGAAAACGCAGCCGACCUGGCGGACCAGAUGGAGAUCUCGUACGGCACCCUGGAGGGCGGCUCCACCAUGACCUUCUUCAGGGACUCGAAGAUAGAGAUCUACCAGAAGAUGUGGCGGUUCAUGGAGAACAAGAAGCCGUCCGUGUUCGUGUCCACGUACGAGGAGGGCGUGAAGCGCGUGCUGCAGGGCAACUACGCCUUCCUCAUGGAGUCCACCAUGCUGGACUACGCGGUGCAGCGCGACUGCAACCUCACGCAGAUCGGCGGCCUGCUCGACUCCAAGGGCUACGGCAUCGCCACGCCCAAAGGGUCACCCUGGAGAGACAAGAUCUCGCUUGCCAUCCUGGAGCUGCAGGAGAAGGGCGUGAUCCAGAUGCUGUACGACAAGUGGUGGAAGAACACCGGCGACGUGUGCAACCGGGACGACAAGAACAAGGAGUCCAAGGCCAGCGCGCUCGGCAUCGAGAACAUCGGCGGCGUCUUCGUGGUGCUGCUGUGCGGCCUGGUGCUCGCCAUCGUCGUGGCCGUCAUCGAGUUCUGCUGGAACUCGCGGAAGAACGCGCGCUCGGACAGAAGAUCUCUCUGCUCGGAGAUGGGCGAGGAGCUCCGCUUCGCCAUGCGGUGCUUCGGGCCGCGGCAGAGGCCGGCCCUGAAGCGCUGCAACCUGUGCCACAACAUGACCCCCAGCUACAUGCCGGGGACGAACAUCGACCUGCAGACUUUCCAGCUGCACGGCGCGCCCGCCACCGCCAGCAUCAUGGACAGCCCCACGGAGGGCAGCCAGCACGCCGCGCACGCCGCGCACGCCAACCUGGGCGUGCAGGUGGCGCACAGCCACCAGGGGCCGCCCAGCCCCAUGCAGAGCCUGGAGAUGGUCACGUUCCAGCCCCCAAACUCCUAG